AUGUACAGCUUUAUGGGUGGAGGUUUGUUCUGUGCAGGCGUGGGGAACAUCCUCCUGAUCGUUUCCACAGCAACCGAUUACUGGAUGCAGUAUCGGCAGUCCAGCAACUACAUGCACCAGGGCCUGUGGCGCUACUGUAAGCCGGGGAAAUGCUUCCCACACAACGAGAGCAUCGCCCACUUAGACGCCACCCGUGCCCUCAUGAUCCUCUCUCUCUUGGCCUGUUUCAUCGGCAUCAUCAUUGGCAUUAUGGCCUUCAUCCAUUACUCCUCCUUCGACAGGUUUGACAAAACCUUUGCUGCAGGCAUCUUGUUUUUCAUCUCAUGCUUUUUAGUGUUUCUAGCAAUGGCAGUGUACACUGGUGUGACUAUUAACUACUACGGAAAACGCUAUGGAAACUGGAGGUUCUCCUGGUCCUAUAUCAUUGGCUGGGUGUCGAUGGUGCUCACCUUUUUUUCAGGUAUAUUCUAUCUGUGUGCCUAUCGGAUGCAUGAAUGCCCCAGGAGCGCUAACUCUCACUAG